UCCCCAACUCAUGAGCACCUUGUUCGCCUGACUCUACUCCGUACCCCAAUCAACUUUAGCCCGAUCCGAUUUGUGACGUCAGAAUGCCUUUGUCCGGCCACUGUCUCUGCAAAGCCGUCACCUACACGGUUAACCAAGACGAGCCGCUCAUAACCGCGUACGACCACUGCGACGAUUGUCAGCGUCAGAGUGGAUCAACGUAUUCUCUCGUCGCGGUCGUUCUUAAGAACAAUUUAAAGAUCAAUGGACCCACCAAGAGCUACGCAGGAACUGGAUCUUCAGGCCACCCAGUUCACCGAAUUUUCUGUUCGGAGUGUGGCUCCCCUAUUGCCCAUGACCCCGAAGCUGCCCCAGAGAUCAUCGCCCUGAAGGCCGGAACCCUUGAUGUGGAGAUCAAGAAGAACCUGAAGCCUGACACCGAAAUCUGGACCGCCAGCAAGCUUCCUUUCUGCCAGGAGCAUCUCGCGAAGCCUUUCGAGCACAUGCCAACGCAAUAAAUGCUCCAUGGAAAAUGAAUGAUUUCCAGUGGACACAAUAGUCUUGACGAUACAUAGUGUAUGACCUAUCUAAUGAAUGAAACUCUGAUGGCAAU